AUGGAUUCACAUCCGCACGCUCAUCCCAUUCCCCAUCCUCAUCAGCACCCCCCGCCGCCGCCGCCGCCGCAGCAGCAGCAUCCUCACUCCCAUAAUUUUGCGCUGCCCUCCGUGUCUCCCACCGAUUACUUCCACAGCCUCGAGUUGACGCCGGCUAUACAGCAUGGCCCUCGAUCGUACAAGUCGCGGAAGUAUCGCCCGUGCGACUUCUGCCGCGCGAGACAAGUCGCAUGCAAGAUCGAUCUCACCCCGCCGUGCCAGCUGUGCUCGUCUCACGGCCGACAGUGUACCUUCGUGGAGCGGCCAAAGAAGAAAAGGAGGCCAAAUGCCUCCAACAGUGGCUCGACUAGUAGUGCGUCAGGCCUAACUCUCGCAGCGUCAGCAGCCCAGGGACAGCACUUCGACGUCGGCGUCAGCCAAUUGAGCCCAGCCUUCAUCGCACAGUAUAGCCAGCAAGAUGGCUCCUUCAAUGCCUUUAAUAAUGGCGCCCUGCCGCUCGAUUCGCAGUCCUCGCCGACCCAGCUGCAGGCGACUCAAGAUGGCUCUCCUAUAUAUACCAUGGACCCAUACCUGCAGAUGAUUCCUGGUGGAGUGCGCACACGACCACUGGACUCACAAUCGACGAGAUCCGCGCGACUGAUCGGCGAGACUGGAGAGUCAAACCCGUACCUCUUGCGCCAUUACACAUACGAUGAAAAUGAUGAAUGCACGACAUCAAAGUUGACCUACCGGCGCAUCACGAGUGCCGCAAGCCAAGACUCACAAUCGGGGGAGAAGGGACAACCCCCGGUGGUGUUCAUGCUGGCGGAUGACAGUCUGGCUCAAAAAGGUGAGCCUCGAGUCGAAGAUGAGGUGCUUGCACAGGCCCGUUCCGAAGUUGCGAGCAUGAUUUCGGAGCAGGAAGCGUUGCGAUUACUCAACCUCUUUUUCCGAUUUGUAUACCCCUAUUUCCCUAUUCUUUGUAAAAGCGAGAUAUACCCAAACGGAACCUUGUCCCCAGUGGCACUCAAUAUUCUACCUCUAUCCUUAUUAUGCGCCAUAUAUGCCACGGCAUUGCAUAUGCCUUUUGUGCUACAUGAUGAUGUUCUUGCCACCACUAUGGUUCACGAUCAACCUCCUGCUCAGAAAUUAUAUCGCAUAUCAUGGCUUGCUGUUACACAAGAACUUCAUACACCUAGACUCGCCACGCUACAAGCAUGUCUGCUAUUGCUCCAACGAGCCCCCACAAAUAGGUACACCACGGAUACACCCUGGAAGACGAGUCUGGUAGGAUGGACUGUCAGUCUUGCUCAGAGCCUCGGGCUCACAAGAGAGUGUAGCGAUUGGACGAGCAUACCUCCCUGGGAAACAGCCCUUCGCAAACGUCUGUGGUACGGGGUUUUGGUUAUGGACAAGUGGGCAUCCCUCGGAGCGGGAAUGCCCAGCCAUAUACGAACCGAUGACUUUGACGUUCUCCCCCUUUCCGAUUCCGAUCUCGAACCCCCUUCACUUGACCCUAACUCAAAUUCGAUCCCUAGUUACUUGGAGCCAGAAGCUGAUGCCAUCCACUUCCGCUUGCUGUCGGAGCUAACUAUGAUCUUGAGCGAUAUCAUGGAUUCAUAUUACUCCCUUCGUGCUACUCAGCGAACAUCUCGAGACUUCCAUCGCUCGCUCGAGCUGGCAACCCCUCUACGUUCGCGGUUAAGAGCCUGGAAUGAAUCCUUACCCCCAGCAUUAUCUCCUCGAUCAUCAGUGCCCGUUGAUCCUCGGGGAAUGGUCCAUCUCAGUGCGAACCCUUCUCUCACGUUAGCCUACAUUGUAGCGACGAUGACCCUCUUCCGCGCUCUACUUCGACCGCUGGACAACUUGACGGAUGCCGAGGAGGCGGAUCAAGCCAUCGUAGCAAGCCGCCAGGCAGUACGAUCAUGGGCCAGAGAGUGCGCCAAUGAGGUCGUAGAAUUCGUAGAGAAUCUAGGACGAGGGGCCUUGGAUUCAUUUUGGCAUUCAUGGUCACGUGCCAAUUUUGCCAUUGCCUCCUCUUUCCUAAUGCAACUCCUCUUGACGGCGGAAAGCGAGGCAGAGUCCAACGACAUCCACCAUCUCGUUACGCGCUGGAGAUGUGCCAUGCGGGUUGGCAGCGGCAGUACAGCUAAUGGGCUGAUGAGCUUGGGGUUAUUGAGGUUGGACGGGCUAUUAAACGGGACGGUGAAGCAGCAGCAUCAACACCCGUCACAGAGUGGUUAA